AGCCGGGGAGAGUAGGGGGAGGAAGAGGCGAUUUUUAGCCGGCGAAGGGAACAGCGGGAGAGAGAGCGCUUCCUUCUCGAGGUCGAUUAACAGCUGGCCCGAGGGACGCGAGUCGAUUUCUUCGGCGUGGCCGUCGUCGUACCUCAAGCCGUGAGUGCUGAGGCGCAGUAAAUAUCGACCACGGGAGAGUGGAGGCUUAGGCGAUGCUAAAAAGUGGACCAUUCGAUCGGGCCACGUCACAUCUCCUAGCGCUCCCGGCAUCGAAAAGGCGCGAGAUGCACUACGAUUGCGAGUGUACAUGUGUACAUUUUCUCUACGGGGGAGGGGGUGGCUCGUGCGCUUCCGAAUAUUAGCGCGCGAAACGCUUUGUCAAGUUUGCGUUUCUUCGCGACACGGAGUCUACGCGCUGAAGAGAGUCUCUCUCUCUCUCUCUCUCCCCGCUAUAGUACAAUAGACAUCCCUCGGCGAGGUAGACAAACGCGAUGUUUCGCGGUGCGAUCGAUCUUUCGAAUUCCGUCCGAAGAAUGCUAAGCGCAGUUUUCGGAAUCGAAAAAAUACGGAUACGUCUUUUAUCUAUAUAGCAGUCGCGCGUUGUCACCGAGUCGUAGUAUCUCGUGGUGUCAGUAAAAAUACGCGAUAUCACAAUUCUCUGUGUAGUUCCCGUCGCGAAUCGUAUCGAUAGUUCUAGUGUACGUAGCGAUAGAAAAUGUCUGUUUUUUAUUACGUUUGUUAUUUCGCGCGCGAUUUUUAUUACUUCUCGAUGAAUGACAAACAAUUUCGGAAUUGUUGAUACGAUAAACGCGACGAUGCGUUUUUAUCAGUGCCACGCACAACGCACAGUGACAGUGUAAAGUGUGAUCGUGUUUACACGGCCUCCCCUCCGUCCCACGUUAAAUUUAUCUCGGAUGUUCAUUGUUGUAACAGAGUUAUAUUAUAACAUGUUAAGUGGCCGUGCGGGGGUGACUGGAGUGAUGGGAUGGGGCCAGAGCCCCAUGGAGUUCGGGUAGACCCGUCUCCGGCCCAGCUCCCCAGCCCCCUCCGCCAUCGAUAUCGCCACUGCUCCUGCCAGCGACGCAGAGGGCCACCUCGAUCGCGAUGGAGGCCUCUAGCAAUCAACAACAGAAAGAGAAGGAGCCACGCGUUGACAGACCUUACGCCUUCGACAAGAUGGAGGGGCUGGUGCGGGAGAUGCAAGACCCUGAGAGCGGGGUACCCGUGCGAAGCCAAAAACAAUUUCUCACCUCGAUCCCUUCAGCAUUCAUGGGUUACGACCUCAUCGAGUGGCUGAUGGAACGGCUUGGCAUCGAAGAAUCAGUAGAGGCGGUCCAUAUUGCUAAUCAACUAUGCCAGUAUGGCUACUUCUUCCCGGUGAAUGACUCCAAAACGCUCACUGUAAAGGAUGAUAGCUCUCUGUAUAGGUUUCAGACACCUUAUUAUUGGCCGUGGCGACAUAGAACCCUCUUCUCCGAUAAGGAGGAGUACGCGAUUUAUCUGGUUAAGCGAACUCUGAGGAACAAACAACGACAUGCUCUCGAAGACUACGAAAUUGAAGCUUUGAACGGCCUGAAGAAGAACUUGCAGAACAAAUGGGACGCGAUACAACUUCAAGCCGAGGAACAGGAUCAGGUACGCCUAUCCAAGGAGCGCAAGAAGGGGGACAAGAUAGUGAGCGACUCGCAGGAACGAGCAUUUUGGAGAGUCCAUCGGCCGCCGCCCGGUUGUCUCAGUAGUCUGGAAGUCGUGCUCGUACCCACUCGUUUUCAUCCCGGACUUACACGACCUUCGACACGCAAACGCACUCUUACCGAUCUACAACGUGAGGUUGCUCUUCUGCAGAACAGUUUGACACGCACGAGAAUAAAAGUUUCAACUGCUAUCGAAAACUUAAAAUCAUACUUCGACACGUACGUCGAAUACGAUCCGAUGUUUGUACAACCGCAACCUUCCAAUCCAUGGAUUACUGACGAUCAUACGUUUUGGCAACUGAAUAGUCCUAUAGUGGAAGUUCCUACGGAAAGGCGUGUUAAACGGUGGGCACUGUCGAUGGAAGAACUUAUGUCUGAUCCUACAGGUCUACAAGAAUUUACGAAUUAUUUAAGAAAAGAGUACAGCCACGAAAACAUACGAUUUUGGCUAGCGGUCAAAGAUCUCAGGCACAGUUCCCAAGCACAUAUACCUGAAAAAGUCAACGAAAUUUUUAGGGAAUUCUUGGCGCCUGGAGCUCCGUGCGAAAUCAAUAUAGACGGCAAAACGAUGGAGAAGAUUCAUCAAGAGAUGAAAAAUCCAAGCAGAUUCACGUUUGAUUCCGCCGCGGAGCAUGUAUAUACAUUACUCCUGAAGAAGGACUGUUAUCCUAGAUUUAUUCGCUCCGAUCAAUAUCGUAACCUCUUAUCUGCUGGCGUGCAACCUUUGCAAAAGAAAAGAUUUUUCGGUUUCGGCGGCCAAGCCAAGAAGAAAAUUUCCACCACUUCAACACCAACGUCUAGCACUUUGCAGCACGCUAACAUAGCUAGCGGCGGCGGCAGUAGACGAAGAGGAAGCGACCGGAGCCUUUCUGGAAGUGCUCACGAGCUCGCUGUGUGCGGCGUCCGCGACGUCGCUUCCGCGCCGCGAGUACCGCACUCCCACAGCCAAUCAAACCUCACCGACAUCCCAUACAGGGGAGAUCUACCACGACUCGUAAAGAUACCUUCGAGGCCUAGUCCACAUAGUAUUCAGGAUGCUGGCGCGACGGAAGUGGCGGCUCGCCCUACGGACGACGUGUGUCCGUGGGAAGCCGUGCCGGGCCCGAGCACGGAACACGGAGGUGCGGCGGACGCCGCGUCCUCUGGAGGGACAGCGUCAGCUGAUCAGUCCCGACACUUGUGGGACAGCGGCGGCGGUCAUGCGACAACCACGCACUCCGCCGAGGCCGCGCGCGCCUCCCGCAAGAAUUCGGCGCAGCUGGACUCCUGCAGCUCGUCAUCGGACGUCAGCCUUGCUAUCGUGGAAGUCUCCGAGCGGCUGCGGAAGUCGUGUAGUUUGCAACAUAGUGGUAGCAUAGGUGCACCGACUUCAGGCACAAUUACGCGAAAUUAUUCUACUUGUUCAGCGAGCGGUCGUAUCAGACUGUCUGAAAUGAAUCGCGCGUCCAUGUCGUCCUGUAACUAUCCAUCACCUCAACAGUCAUUCGAGUACUCUCACGCGGUUGAAAAGGUGGAAGAGAGAACGUCCUUGGAGAAGAUUACGCUUCCCGAGGAAGAGGAGCUCGUGAAAUCCGAUGUCGUAAAGGAAAAACAAUCGAGUCCCAGGAAAAACGCGAAAGCGCCCUUGAUCAGCAUCAGCGCGAUCGUAGGCGAUCUGCCGAGUGACAACUCAACGGUGGAGAACGUCGACGAUGACGCGAGCGAGAGUUGCACGGCCAAGGAUGUAGAGGAGAUUGUCGCCGAGGAGAAAACAAAAGACGAGGAUUCGCGAGCCGAUACCGGAGCGAAUGUGUCGCCGGUAACUGAGGAACCGGCGACGACCGAGGAACCGCCGGAGGAAGCGCAGGUCGUACCUGUCUGGGAACCGGACGCCCGGCAGGGUGAUCGAUCGGCGACGGCGCAGGCGGUGCCUCGGCAGAAGCGUGACAAUAAUAACGAAGUAUGCCCGUGGGAGGACGAGGAAAACUGUAGAGUGGAUGCACCCUAUGUAAAAACCUAUGCGACUUUAGGUUACUUGUAACUUGUCGUUAAUAUUAAAAAAAUCUUACAUUUUGCAUUUACAACAAAUUCACAAAAUUCGAUUUCCUCUUUAAUCCACUUUACUGAGCUCGCGUGUUUAGACCGUUACGUGAAGAAAAAUGAAAAACUUCUUAACCAACACUGCGUUAUUUCCGAAGCGCAAUAAAGAGCGCGAUGAAAAAGAAAAAAAAUGAAAUUUAUCACACAAAAAGAAAUUAAUAAGAUUUUAGUGAAAUAGUUUAUAUAUGUUCAUCUCUCGCCGAUCGUGGUGGACGGUACUCAAUUAUCACGUUCGUGAUAUAUCGUGUCGUGGAAGACGUACCGUGCGAAAGACACGUAGAAAUUGUGAACAGAUUGUUCGAGGAAUUAAUUGCAAAAGAAAAAACUAUGUAGGUGUUGCACAUAUAUAUAUAUACCACCCACAGAACGAAAAACGAGCACGGCAUCGGCGUCAAAUCGCGUAAAUUGCAUCGCGUCUAAUAUCAACGGCCUAGCAAUUAUAGAUUUGUUCGUUCGAGAUUAUCAAAGAUCCGCAAUGGAUUCUUCCUCGAUCUCGAAAUCAACGAUCAAUAGUUAGAUCUUUGUCUCUUUCGAUCUCAACUACUUCUAUAUAUUUAUAUGGUGCUUUGUAUGGCAGCUAUAAAAAAAAAAAAAAAACAAAUAUACACAAAAAAAAAAAAAGAUUUAUCUAUGUGUGAAGAUGUGCUAAAAGUGGUUUAGAGAUUUGUUCUAGAGGCAGGAAGUGUGUGUUACUCGUAUAGCACGUAGAUGUGUGACAAGUAUUUACAUGUGGCGAUAGUACGUAUAGCAGCGUCCUUCUGUGUUGGUAGACGUUUCAAAACGGUGUAGCGAUAGUAGCGCGAAUAAGAUGAAAACGUGCGUGGAUUGGGAACUCAUUUAUAUUCUUCCGUUCGAUAUAGUAUCUCGCGCAAACGCAUGCUCGUAGAGUGCUAGUCAAACUCGAGCCAUUUGGCCGCUCUCUAUGGUCGCGCUUUUCCCGGAUACUCGGUUUUGUCUCGCGAUUCGCGAAACUCUGUACAAUUUCGACAUCUCGAUAUGUGUUACAGUGCAAAACUUGCUGCGUUUGACUCUUUUUAGAGAAUUAUUAACUGACGAUCGCGCGCGCGUCGACUUUUGAUUGGAUUCGAUAUUGCGAAUAAAGGUAUCACGAGACUUUUCGAAAUAAUUGAUUCACUUAUUUUUCGAAAACGUUGCAUCAAUCCCAAUCGCGCGACGCGCGUAAACUACAUAAUUUUUAAGCGCAUCGCAAUCCGUACGUCCUCGUCGUUAGAGUUAUCGCUUAGAGUUACCAAAUGUGUGUUUUGCGCCGUAUUCCGUACGAGCGUUCGAUGAUUAAAAAAAAAAAUAAAAAAAAAAUAAAAAAAAAAAAACUAUUGACAAAUUUAUCGUGACCUGAUAUAUUGUAAGUGUAUUAUCUAUAGGUGUCAUAUGUAUUACAUUUAAUUCGCUCGUUUGUUGCGAUCGAGAUAACACACGUCUGUGACGAUCACGGCGAUUUUACGUUUCACUCGUUGAUCCUCGCUAAGGCGCGAAUCGCGUUUGCAGAAAUUAUAACACUAGUGAAUAAAAAUAAGAGAAAAAAAAAUAAAAAAUAAAAUAUAUUCGUGUAAAUUUAAAGAUAUAUAGAGUUACUAUCUCUCUCUCGAAAGUGUUCCCAUCGGAUCUCUGGUUCUGUUACUGCCCCAGGACCUCCGUUCCGAUGUUGUAGGAACCGAAAAAAAAAAAAACAAUUUAUUUAAAGAUUGUAUGUUAUUUUCAUGAGAAGUUGCGCAACUCUUAUCUGUAACAUCGGUGUUUUUUGUGUUUACAUUAGUGUUUGAUCGAGACCCGUCGCGCUCAGAUAGUCCGUAGCGAAGAUCUAGACAGUUGGGAUAUUUCAAAAUAUCCGAUUGUGACAUUUGUUGUAAAUUAAGAUAAAUAAAGAAUUUCUCUCGAAGACCAACAUCGAGAGAUGUUGUACUUGUCGAAAAAAACUUUUUUUGAAUAGGUGUCUUUACCGACGCGAUCUUGCAAAACCGUAGAUUUUUUACGCUCGUACGUGCGUACGAAGACUCGUACACUGCGAGCGUAAAAGUAGCGUUACAAAUCCGUCAAAGAUUCAAUGGACGAAGAAUAGAACAGUCGUUUAAAAUUAGGAUAAUAUAUAUAGAUAUUUAUGAUUAUAUUAAGAUGAAUAAAAUUAGUAAUAAGUUCGAUAGCAAAACCGACGAUUUCGACAGCCGAUUCCUCAUUUUUUUUCUUCGAUGGGUGGAAUAAAUUGAUUGACGGAGAAAAAGAGAGAGAAAAACUGCCUAUAUGUAGUCGCGUAGUAUCUUAAGAAGAAAAAGGUGAAAAAAAAAACGAGGAAAGGAUCGAAUGUAAACCGUGAGGAUGUUUUAACGACGCUUCUCUGACGAUUAAAAACAUUUCGUUUAUUUCUUUUAUUCAUCAGAUGUUUUGUUCGAAGCAAACACACGUAACGGAGAAGAGCACAAGAAAGUGCUAUCUGACAACUAUUUAAUUGCCACCACGAGACGGUCUGAACACGCGAGCGUAAUCAUAAGAAUUUCAAAGUAUUCACGAUGUCGUACUUGUUAAUUCAGCAGCUCAACCUAAGUAUGAUAAUGUUCUUAUGAUAGGUUAGUUGUGAUAAUAAGAUUAGAAUUAAAACACAAUGUUCGCGAUUGAUAAGAAAAUGAAUAUAAUAUACUUGCCGCCACACAUAAGAUUUGCGUUCGUGUUUCAUCACACAGCACCAACGAUCGAUACGCACGAUAUCGAAAUUACAUUUCGACCGUGUAACUUUGUAUCGUGUACGAGCUGAUGCAAAAAAAUGCAUUGUAAUUAAAAAAAAAAAAAAAACAAAAAAAAAACCUCGAGAAACGGAAGACGAGAGAACUAGAUGCUGGAGGGAGCAAAUCAAAAAAAUCUGUUACAACUUGCCUAAUACAAAAAAAAAAAAAAAAAAAGACGUUAUAUAUUCUUUGUAAAUAAUUUCCGACGUGUCACACAUCGUGUAUAUUGCAUAUACACUUUCGAGUAUCUGGAAAAUAUAUUAUAUUCAUCGCAAAGCCAAAGACAUCAUCGCCGUGCAGGGAUACGCGCAAGUUUCGCGACGACUAUCGCCUGUUGUGUUAGCGAAAAAACGCAAGUUGAAAAAAUUGUUCUAAAGUUUUGCACAAAACAAUCGAGUCGAGUGUGUCGUUUCAACUUUAUACAUGUAUAUCUCGAGCGAGACGAAGAUUAUUGUUACAAAAGAAACAACAUAUAUAUUUCUCGGAAUAUCGAGUUUGUCGCACAAUUAUGUUAAUUAUUUCAUUGCACGAUUCAAAGAGAAGUUUUUUAUUCGAAACUGUAAGAUUGAGAAUCGAGAUGGAUGGAUCUUGAGCGCAUCCCUCGCAUAAUCUUUUGUAAUAACUUUAAACCGCGACACGCUUGGCGUACAUCGAUUAUACAUUUUUAGCAUGUCAUUGUAUCGAGAUUGCAAGUUUAUAGCUCGCGCGUCGAGAGAGAUUACUAAAUAUUUAAAACAUUCUGGAAUCUCUUUGCUGUUCCGAUUGUUGCGAUUAAACUCUACAGCGUUGUGCAAAGGAGUACAAUUAUUUCGAGCAUGAUUAAUCGAGAGCAAAAGAUAUGGCACUUAUAUAUUAUAAAUGACCGAAAUGCAAAUUAGUUCGCAUAACUAGCGUAGGCGAAAUAUAUGAUAGACAUGAAUAAAAAAAGAGAGUAUCAUUCUAAACUAAUAUAUAUAUAUAUAUACUGCUGAAAUAUAUUAUUACGUAAUGGAAAAAUUAACUUGCAUAAAUUACUUCGUGUUUUGCAAGUUUGCACUUUGAAAAAGUCUGCAAGAUCUGGUGCCAUUACAUAUAUAUACAUAUAUAUAUAUAUAUAUAUAUAUACAUAUAUAUAUAUAUACAUAUAUAUAAUAUACAUACUUACAUAUAUAUUGUACCGUUGCUUUAUAUAGCGUUUCUAAAUGUUUUGUUUUAUAUAGAAAUGUUUUCACGAUUUCAGCAGGAUUGUAAAUAAUUGUUGAAAUAAUAUUUAUAUAUUUUUCUGUGUCGAUACAUAAUAUUUAUAAAUUCUAUUUUUAUCUAGAUAAUAAUAUGAGUAUAAAACAAAAACAACGUUUUUGCGAUAAAUGUGAUGAUGUGUUGUUGUUAUAUUUAUCACGAAAAGGUGAAAAACUGCGGACGGAAUGAUUUUAAUUUAUUCAACAAAAAUAUUGAUGAUUAUGUGGUCGUUAUAUAAUUAAGAAAAAACCAGAUGUGUGAUUAUGCUUAGGAAAAAAGACACACCGUAGUUUUUCUGAAAAUUAAUAAAAUGCAAAAUGUUUCUAUUCUUGAAACACUAAGUGAGAUCUAACAGAUCUGUAUCAAAAUUUAACAAUAACGUGCACAGAUUAGAGAGCACCGUAUUGCUUUUACGCUUGAUUAACGUUUGUUUAGUUAUUCAAAUUAUUACGAAUCUGCCAUAAAGUCGAGCAAAAAUUAUUAUUUUGCUCCGAAUUUUGCGAACUUUCGCGUACGUAAAGCAGUUGCAGCUUGAAAUUGUAAACGACAUGAAGAAGCAAGUAAAGAAAAUUGCGUAUGAAUACGUGUGUGCUAAAUAUAAAAUCCGAGCAUCCUCUAGAAUCUAAAAUCGAUAGAGUGAAACAUUUCUUAACUGGAUGAAGUUUCUUCGAAGAUUCUCGGGAAGAUUUUAGAUGUGAAAAAGCGUGUUGUUCAACGCUUGAGUUUACAGCGAGGAGUAACGAAGAAUUUGCAAGAAAAUACGAGACACAUUAAAUUGAUCUCGACGGGGCGAUUUCUGAUCUGAGAGAAAACCAGAAAUUUUAUUCCAGAUUCUCUGAAGUCUUUUAAUUUAAUUUUGUAAUUAUGAUGAGAGAAACAGUUGUGUAUUUUCGUCACGCGGUAUUAAAAAAAAAAAAAAAAUGCAAAACACUUCGUAGGUCGACGACUGCGCGUGCCAUUUUCUUUUUUCAAAAUUACAUUUUGCGCGCACACACACACACACACACACACACAAAAGUGGACACGCGGUGCAGAAGCAUUUUGCACAAAGCCUAAUAUGGAAACGCUAACGAUGUAAUAGUAAUAAUUAUGUGUAAAUUGCAAAUUCGCACCAAACUCACGACAAAAUGUGAAAAAGAAAAAAAAAACAUUACGUAGAGACCCAAAAUCGUCUCUAAUUUGUAUUUCUUUUCUCUGCGUUCAUCAUCAAUCAAUUAACUUGUCGCGUUGGAAAGAGAAAAUAGAAAGUCAUUUAUGUUAUCUUGAAUGUUUUUACUGUCUCAAUUACCGUAAGUUUUUCAAAUUCGAAUUAAAAUAAAUUAUGAUUUAUUGUUUUUGUUAUCCUCGAAACUUCUUAUCUUAUACCGACCUCCCUUUUGUUCUUCUUAGAAUUUUAUUGCACACACACACACACGUUCAUUUUCUCGAUAUGUGUGAUUUUACGACGAAUGUGUAAUUUUAACGAAUACGCGGUACGUCAUGUUUAAAUUGCACUGCCAUUCAACGAGACAUUUAUAUAGUUUAUAUUUAUUUUACAUACGCAUUGAUAAACACGGUGGUGCACUAAAGAAUGAACACCAAUAAUGCUAUCGAUAAUCGAAUUAUCGAGCACAAAGUGAACGAACAAUUAUUUAAAUAUUGUAACUAAAAUCACUCACCAGCCAGCAGUGUCAAUUUUUUUUUUUUUUUUUAUUGACCUCUUCGUUUUUGUUGACGUUGGCUAAUUACACUUGACGAUAAUGUUGCGCCAUCCAACUCGAUUAAAUAUUCACGACGCGUAUAAAUUUCAUUGUGUAAGCACGACGCACUUUGAACAAAGCAGCGAGAUACGCAAACAAUCACUCGUUGAAUAAUCAUUCGCGCGAAAGUUUGAGAUUAGAUCCGUUGGAGAAAAUUUGAAUAAUCCAACAGCGUAACCUUGCAACGAUUUUGGUAGAGCGUGAAUUGUGUUGUGAAUUAAAAGUGCAAUAUUUUUUUGUCUGGGGAACGCGAACACGAUAAAAUUAUGACACUUCGCGUCGCUUCGCUUAACAAAACCUCUCGACCACUUUGUCCGAACUUGAACCGCGUUUGCUCUUUUUCACCGCGAACAAUAUUAAACGCACGCACUAACAUGCUAUUACAACCGAUACGCGUAAAAUCCUAUUUGGCAGUGUGAUUGUUUAACGUAACAUACACAGAGUCAUCUAUAAGCGACGCGCGAUACUACAUAUCGAGUGAACGUAUGCGCGAGUCAGCAGAGAUAAUCGAUCGUUUAUCGGAGUUGUUGCAAAAAUCGAUUGGUACGCGCGAAAAAUGCUUUUGUGGAAUCGAAACCUCUACGGUUUCUGUUGUGGUUAAAACUACACGAGGAGGCAAAGAGAAAAAGAAAAUCGAGAUUUGUUGGAACAUUUGUUCCAAAAAACAUCGCGCAUAAUAUUCGAAAAUAUUAAAGUGACAUAAGAUCCGUUUUUAAUGAUUACGUAGUCGCAAUGUUUCGAAUUGCAUGAAGAGAAGAAAAAAAUUGGCGAGCGAUUUGACGAGGCAACAAUGGCACAUGCGUGCGACCGGUGAGUAAAAAUUCACGAGUGAUCCGAAUUGUUAAUUUACUUUAUUUGCGAUAAUUCGGCAAAAUGUACAGCAAAAAGAGUUCUGUUACAUUUUGUGUGAGAGACAGCAACACACAACUGGUGAUACUCGUUAUUAUCGGAUUCGUGAAACGAUUCUUUUUUACUUUACUGACGCGAGAAAAGUUAAUGCAAUUUCUUCUCGUGCGUUCAACAACAAUCUGAUAAUCGUAUCGUCCCGCGAGCGAUAUUCGUUGAAACGAUAAGUGCAUAAACGAAAAUCGCGUGUCUUCUCUCGCCCAUCGUCCACGAUCGAAGCUUGAGGCGAUUGUCUGCGUGUCGCGAUUAAUCCUCCCAUUCCUAUAAAUUAAAGCUUUGUAAUUUUUGUUAAUAAAAGAAAUUGUUUGCUAAUAUUUUUGUUGCAAUCUACAACAACAUGCAAUGGCACAUGAACAGUAUUAUUAACUUAGAUUUAAAUAUCUUGCUAUAAGAGAAUCUAUAGCAUACGUUUUUUGUUUCUUUUGUUCAUCUUGUUAAUGUAAAUAUACAAAGUUUUUUGUCAUUUAUAUGUAUAUAUAUAUUACUUGCGUAAUAAAUAAUGCGAAUAUAUUGUAUAUUGAUGACGUGCAUCGGAAAUGAGAGGAUUAAUAAUAUAAAACAGAGUCAUAAAAAUAUGAGACAAAAAGAGAGAGAGAGAGAGUGUGAGUGUGAGUGAGUGAAUGAAACAAGUGAGUGAGUGAGAGAGAAAGUAGAAAAGAAAGAGUACACUAGCAUUUAAACUGCAAAUUGGUCGCGGACGAUAAUUAGUUGCUUAGCGAUUUUAGCGUUAAGUAAUGAUAUAAAUAGACACCUACCUUUGUAUUAUUGUACACCUCGCGCUAGAGUUUGGCGUAGCACGAAUUUUAAACGCGCUAAUGUUACGCACUUCUCGGCGACGAUUAUUAUAUCGCGCGUGUACAGAAUAUGUUAUAUAUGUGAGAGAUAAAAAGAGGAAAGAGGGAAAUGUUAACUAGAGCUAGACGUUGUAGAUGAUAAAAAAAAAAAGCUUUAGUGUAUAUAGUUUUGUAAAGUGUUAAUUAUAUAGUAUGCGAGAAAACCAAAAUAUAUAUAUGUAUAUAUAUAUGUAUAUAUUUAUAUACACAUGUAUGUAUAUGUGUGCAUAUACAUACAUAUAUAUAUAAAUAUAUAUAUAUAUAUACGAAACACUCGCUACACGAAACGUAUAUAAAUCUGUACGUUUUCUAGCUAAUAUAAUUAAGCUAUCUAGCUAUUAUAAUUACAUGAAUUGUCGUUGGCGAUCGAAUACACAUAAAAAUUGGAAAAAACCGUCGUUUCGUUAACCAUAUAGUUGUGCAUACUAAUUAAUAUAUAUCGUACGUGUAAGGUCGCGAGGAACGUUGAUGAUUAUAUAUAAAUAUAUAUGAUAUGUGAUAUACGCGUUAAUUUUAAGCUGUCACUAGAGAAUGUCUUAAUAUUAAAUAUUAUAGUGCCACAUUA